AUGGACAGGCAGCAGGAAUUGGAAGUACUGAGGGGAUGGCUUGAGGUCGCUGCUGGGGGAGCUCAGUUCUCACGCCGGCGUAAAUUUAGUAGCCAGCCAUUCAGUGCCGUGUAUUUAGUGCCGCCCUAUUUGCCCAACAGCCGACGGUGGAUUGGUGCAGAGGGCGGGGGGUUCGAACGCGGGGUGCCUGGCUACCCCCGCUACUUGUACCUGGGGGAGGCGAGCCGCGGGGAGCACCACCUGGUUAUCAAGGGCGCCACGCUGGAGGACGACGGCGAGUACCAGUGCCAAGUUGGUCCCACCGACACCACGCCGCCUAUCUGGGCCGCUGCCAACCUUACCGUCAUGGUGUCCCCCACCAGCAUCAGCAUCGUAGACGUGGGUGACGGGGGUGUGGUGGAGGUGCAGGAGGGACACACCCUGCGCCUGGAGUGCCUGGUGAAGGGGGCGCGUCCCCCGGCGGCCGUCACCUGGUACAGGGAUGCAAUUACCCUCAGGAAAGAUCUGCACCGGGAGGAGGUGGUGCCGUCGAAGGACUCUCUACGGUGGGACGUGAGGAGCCGCCUGGCACUGAAGGUGGAGGCGGGGGACGACGGGCAAGAGUUUUCUUGCCGCGCCCUCCACCCCGCCCUGCAACACGCCCCCACCACCCUCGUCGCCUCCCUCACCGUGGCCGUGCUGCGUGACCACAGUGUGAAUAAUCAAAGCCCCCGAGGGAGCCAGGACGCCCCACACGUCUGUCGCAGCCCUGGCGUGAAGGUCCUCAACACAAGCAACACUGUAGCACUGGGGCAGAUAUGUGCUGAAAGUCCCAAAAUGUCGGCAUAUGACAUCGUGGUCAAGGAGCAAAACCCACCUGACCCACCAACCAUCACCGGGUAUCGAACUGGGGACGUGCUGGCUGUGGGCGACCAUAGAACACUAGUAUGCCAAGUGAAAGGGGGCAGGCCACGCCCUUUCGUCACCUGGUACAGACACGGCCGCCCGCUGACCCACGCCCCCGCCCACCAGCCCACCAGUGCCUCCCUGACUACUGCCGUCCCGCCCACCUCCGCAACCACCGUCAGCACCACUGCCCGGGAGAGGACCAUAAGAGUGGAGCAGAGGGUGACGGCGGCGCGAGAGGAGGACGAGGCGGAUCCCCCGGAGGACGUGACGAUACUCGGGCCCACGGUGGUAGCGGCGGGGCAGCUCUUCACCCUCACCUGCCGCUCCUCCCCAGCCAAUCCCCCACCCACCCUCACCUGGCGCCUCCAAGAGGAGGUGCGGUGUGCAAGUGCUUCAGACUAUGGUCCUAAAUUUGAUGAUAAUGAUGAAUAUAUCUACAUCUCAUUCUUUCCCUCCGCUUUCUUCCCCAUCGCUAGGGUCCCGCAUAGCCUCUGGAGCCGCAGUAGUGAGCGAGGGGGGCUGGCGGCGGGUGGGUGA